AUGCAUCAGAUUAAUUUACUUAAUAACAUUAAAAUAAAAGAAAAUCAAAAUAUUAACAAUGAAGAAUAUGAAAAUAGAAUAAAUAGAAAAUCAAUUUAUUCAAGAAAAACCAUUAUUUUAAUACUUAUCGCUGUUAUUGCUGGAUUAGGUUUAAUAACAACUACAAUACUUAUUUCGAUUACAUUUGCACUUGAAACAUCGAAUUCUAUGAAUACGACAAUACUUUCCACAAUUAAACAUACAAUUGACAGUACUAAUACAAAUUUUAGUAAUAAUACUUUACUAUCAAUUACAAUGCCUAUCACCACUACUACUAUUACAAAGACUAUAGUAACAACAACUACUGAUAUUCUAACUAGAACAAUUCGAAUUAUUUCAAUGAAUACAACAACAGCUAUAGCUACAAGAAAUUUAUCAGUUACCAUGAAAUAA